AUGAGCUACUACUACGGCAACUACUACGGAGGCCUUGGCUAUGGCCUUGGCGGUUUCAAUGGCCUAGGUUAUGGCUAUGGUUCCCGCUAUGGCAUUGGUGGCUUUGGCAGUUAUGGGUAUGGCUACUUCCGUCCCUCUUACUACGGAGGACAUGGGUACUUUGGAUUCUACUGA